UCGAGGGAAAAUCACGGUGUUCUUAGCGCAUGGUUACAAAGCUCGCUAUUAAACGACAAAUGUCGUAGGUAUUCUUAUCUGUGCCUAGGUGUGUGCGUGUGUGCGUGAAGUCGUGGUGUGUGCCUGAUUUCCUCGCUCGUACCUGACCUGACCCAGGUGGAACACCUGGACCAACAACCAUGACUACGAGGGAGUUAUACGUGAAGGGUGGUAGGGUAUGGGUGCCGCAUCCGGUGAAGAUCUGGGAAGGCGCGGUGAUCCUGGAGGACUACAAACUAAAUCAUCUCAGCUUGAAGGUUCACACGGAUGAUUCGAAUCAGACGAAGAUCUUGGAGAUCAAAUCGAACGCUGACCUACCACCGUUGAGAAAUCCGGAUAUAUUAAUCGGAGAGAAUAAUUUGACGUCUUUGUCGUUCCUUCACGAACCGGCCGUUCUCUACAAUCUUCAGAUACGUUUCCAAAGACACUGUAUCUACACCUACUGCGGCAUAGUUUUGGUCGCGUUCAAUCCGUACAACGAGCUGCCGAUUUAUGGAACCGACACGAUAUGGGCGUACCGAGGCCAGGCGAUGGGCGACUUGGAGCCGCAUAUUUUCGCCGUCGCCGAGGAGGCUUACACGAAACUGGAAAGGGAGGGCCACGAUCAGUCGAUCAUCGUUUCCGGAGAAUCAGGCGCAGGGAAAACCGUGUCUGCCAAGUACACGAUGCGAUACUUCGCGACGGUCGGCGGUUCGACGACCGAAACUCAGGUCGAGAAGAAGGUCCUUGCUUCUCUGCCGAUCAUGGAGGCGAUUGGUAACGCUAAAACGACGAGAAACGACAAUUCCUCGAGAUUUGGCAAAUUCAUCGAGAUUCAAUUCAACAAACACUAUCACAUCACCGGGGCUAGUAUGAGGACCUAUCUUCUCGAAAAGUCUAGAGUCGUGUUUCAGGCGCAAGAGGAGAGGAAUUACCAUAUAUUUUACCAAAUGUGCGCAGCAGCCUCGCGUCUUCCACACUUGCAUCUGGCGCAUCAGAAUAAGUUUCACUAUUUGAAUCAAGGGAACAAUCCUAUGAUAGACGGCGUGAACGAUCUGACUUGCUUCGACGAGACGAUCACUGCUCUCACGAUGCUUGGAUUCUCGAGCAAACAGCAGGACUAUAUGCUUCGUGUUUUAGCGGCUAUAAUGCACUUGGGGAACGUAAAUAUAGGGAACUCCGAUAGCCAGAGCUCGAGCAACGAGAACGACACCGAGGCCAGCUACAUUCACCCGUCGGACAAGCAUCUGUUGACGAUCUGCGAGCUGUUAGGCACGGACGUGAACGCGAUGCGAAAAUGGCUCUGCCAUAGGAAGAUCGUGUCGAUGAGGGAAGUGUUUCUGAAGCCUAUGAACGUCGAACAAGCGAUCGGCGCUAGGGAUGCGCUGGCCAAGCACAUCUACGCUGAACUGUUCAAUUGGAUCGUAGCCGGUAUAAAUAAUUCGUUGCAAUCUCAGAAUAAACCGCAGUGUUUCAUCGGUGUACUUGACAUUUACGGAUUCGAGACCUUCGAAGUGAACUCGUUCGAACAGUUCUGUAUAAAUUAUGCGAACGAGAAGCUCCAGCAGCAGUUCAAUCAGCACGUGUUCAAGCUGGAACAGGAGGAGUACAUCAAGGAAGAGAUCGAAUGGACUUUCAUAGAUUUCUAUGAUAAUCAACCGUGUAUCGAUCUUAUCGAGACGAAAUUGGGCAUCCUGGAUCUCCUGGACGAGGAAUGCAGGAUGCCGAAAGGUUCGGACAGCUCCUGGGCAGAGAAGCUUUACGCCAAGUGUGGGAAGUCGAAACACUUCGAGAGACCUAGGUUCGGAACUUCUGCCUUCUUGAUCCACCAUUUCGCAGACUUGGUGCGAUACGAAACGACUGGAUUCUUAGAAAAGAACCGAGACACUGUUAUCGAGGAACAGGUGGACGUUCUGCGGAACGGAGAUAAUAAAUUAUUGAAGAAAUUGUUCAGCGAGGAGGAUCCAAAGCUCGUGGUACCGCCUAACGUGAGAGUUAAAGUGUCCGCUCAAAAGCCGGUGAUAAGUUCGCCUAAGCAAAAUAAGAAAACGGUAGGAUCUCAGUUCCGUGACUCGUUGAACAUGUUGAUGUCGACGCUGAACGCGACCACUCCGCAUUACGUGCGCUGCAUCAAGCCGAACGAUACGAAGGAAGCAUUCGAAUACAACCCGGUCCGUGCUGUACAGCAAUUACGUGCUUGCGGUGUUCUGGAAACGAUCAGAAUAUCAGCGGCUGGUUUCCCCAGUCAGAGAACGUACGGCGAGUUCUUCCUUAGGUACAGAUGUCUGUGCAGAUUCAAGGAUAUCCGGCGCGACGAUUUUAAGGAAACCUGUCGACGUAUAUUGGAAAGGUACAUCAAGGAUGAGGAUAAGUUCAAGUUUGGCAAGACGAAGGUUCUUUUUCGAGCUGGUCAGGUGGCCUAUUUAGAGAAACUACGCGGUGAACGGCAACGAGACGCUUGUAUCAUGAUCCAGAGGACAGCACGCGGGUUUAUCUAUCGUAGUAGGUACGUGAAGAUUCGACGAGCUGUGCUGGGUCUUCAGAGAUACGGAAGGGGUUACAUCGCGAGGCAAAAGGCUCAGGCGGUGAGGGAGGAAAGAGCGGCGAUAAAAAUUCAAGCUCGUGUCAAAGGUUGGCUCAAGAGGCGUCGUUACCUCCAGAUAAAGCGCACAAUUCUCGCCAUUCAGACAUACGGCAGGGGAAAACUGGCUCGUCAGAGAUACCAGCUAAUGAAAGACAAUGCCGCCGCGAUUGUGAUACAGAGAUUCGCCAGGGGAUAUCUGGUUCGAAUGGCUUGUCAGAAGAAACUCAGCAAUAUCGUGAUCGUUCAAGCUUGCGUGAGAAGGUUCUUGGCGAAACGAGUGUUCAAACGAUUGAAGGCCGAGGCGAGAAGCGUGGAGCACGUGAAGUCGUUGAACAAGGGCCUGGAGAAGAAGAUCAUCACGUUGCAGCAGAAGAUCACCGAACUUACGAAGGAGAAUCAGGUAUUGAAGAAUCUUCAGAACGAGGUGGUGGAUUUGAAGCACAAGCUCGAAGGUUUCAAGUCCGUAGACGCGGAGAAUAAGAAAUUGAACGUUAUACUGAUAGAGAAGGAGAAGGAGUUGGAAAAGAUACAGGACAUAGUGAAGACUGAAAGGGAUGAAAAGAUGGACAUAUUACAGGAUAAGGAAAGGAGUAAUCUCGAGAAAGAACAGGAGAACCAGAAGCUCCAAGGCGAGAUUGAAAAAUUACGAAAGGAUCUUAGAAUGGCUAGUGAGAAAUUGAAGAACAACCAGCUCGGUGCCGAGGAGAAUUUGAAGCACCGAUUGGAACAGGAAAAGGAUCUCCUCCUGCUGGAUCAGGAUCAAGAUCGUGGCGCGUAUCAGAAAUUAUUGAAAGAGUAUCACGAGUUAGAGCAGCACGCAGAAAUGUUGGAGCAGAAACUUGCUAUGCAUGCUCCGGCGCAUUCGCGUUCUCUUAGCAACGCUUCGAGCGGUAGCGGGCAAAUUGUGUCUACCGAACUUCCUCAGGACGAUCAGAAUAUCGAUUUGGGUUACGGAUCGGUAAGAUCGACAGCUUCUUCCUCGACGCCUUAUUCACGAGUGGAAACGAUCGAUUGGAAUCAGCAAAGAUCCGACAGUCCACCUGACGGAGAGGUUCAACCGCAUAAAUCACCUUCGGAGACGAAUGGACCAGCACACGCACCGGUGGAUAUCGGUCUAGUCUUAAAACUCCAGCAGAAGUUGAAGGACGUCGAGAAAGAGAAAGGAAGAUUGAUCAGGAUGGUGGAAGAUUUAGAGCGUGAUAGUCCUGAAGAAGCUUCGAGGAUGCAAGACUCUUUUAGGCUUCAAGAAUUGGAAAUGGAAAACGCUCAGUUGAAGAAAGAUUUAGGUACACUGAGAAAGAGCGUGAGUUCCGCAGGCCUACCCGGUGCACAGCAAAAUCUCAUGGGACAAUUCGACGCGCUUCAGGAAGAGCUCGAGAGAAGACGCGAGGAGUGCAUUCAGCUGCACAGCGUUUUGGCCGAUAACACGAGAAGAAUGAAGAGCUUAGGCUCGAAUUAUGGCCGUGACGUGGACAUAAUAAACGAGGACGGGGAGUUAGUGCUCGCCUUCGAGACGCAGAAAAAGAUCAACAGGCAAUUGGAGGACGAGCUUCAAACGAAGGAGAAAGGAUGGCGUUCUCAGAGGGACGAAUGGAGGGCGGAAAUCGACAGGCUGCAGGAGGAAAUUGAGAAGCAGCAGAAAUUGCUGUCGGUGAAUUUGAGCAAAUCGCCUCAGACUCAAACAGAGGCUUAUAUGCAGCACGAAAUUGCCAGGCUAACAGCUGAAAAUUUGGAAUUACAAGAGAAAUACGAUAAAAUAGCGGAAGAAUGCAGGAAGUUCAAGAGGCAAUGCAAGAUACUCUCGAAACGUCUGAAAGACGCAGGCUACGAGGGAGACGAUACUAAGGAACAGAAGGAUCGCCCUUAUAUUUCAAAGGGCGCCGUGCCGGAUAAUGCUGAAUCUGCGACCGAUUCUACGAUAAUGUCUUCCACGAGUCACUCAGGCGAGAGCGGAAACAAUUUACCAGCUAUACGAAAGAAGGAGAGGGACUACGAGGGGAUGUUUGAAUUUAAGAAAGAAGACAUCAACAAAAUAAUACGUCAUCUGGUGAUAGAUUUGAAACCCAGGGUCUCCGUGACGUUGCUUCCUGGUUUACCAGCGUACAUUCUCUUCAUGUGUAUAAGACACACAGAUUGUAUAAACGACGAUGAGAAAGUGAGAUUGUUACUAACUGGCUACCUGAACGCUGUGAAACGCGUGGUCAAGAAACGAGAGGAUUUCGACUCGUGUGUGCUUUGGCUUAGUAAUACAUUAAGGCUGUUGCACAAUAUGAAACAGUACUCCGGGGAUAAACCGUUCCAAAUCGAGAACACUCCGCGACAAAACGAACAGUGUCUGAGAAAUUUCGAUUUAAGCGAGUACCGCGUUGUACUGAGCAACGUGGCGCUCUGGAUCUUUAACAAUAUCCUAACGAACCUCAAAGAGAGGAUUCAGGCUCUAACAGUGCCUGCUCUCCUCGAGCACGAGGCCAUAACCGGUCUAGAUUCUAACAGAAUUGGUGCACGUCCACGGUCCUCUUCUAUGGGAGAAGAACCAGAGUCUACUCAGCAGAAACUUAACAAACUUCUGGACGAGCUCACUUCGGUGUACAAAACUCUGCAGUAUCACGGUGUCGAUGUUGAAAUAAUUGUGCAAAUUUUCAAACAACUGUUCUACUUCAUGUGCGCCAGUGCAUUGAACAAUUUGCUCCUGAGGAACGAACUUUGCCACUGGGCGAAAGGCAUGCAAAUAAGAUAUAAUUUGAGCCAUUUGGAGCAAUGGGGAAGGGAUCGUAACUUAGAAGCAGCGUCGAAAGUGCUUCAGCCGAUCGUACAAGCGGCACAUCUUUUACAAGCCCGUAAAACCGACGAGGACGUGAAUUCCGUCUGCGAGAUGUGCAAUAAACUAACCGCCAAUCAGAUAGUGAAGAUUCUAAAUUUGUACACACCCGCUGACGACUUCGAGACGCGUGUACCUGUCUCGUUUAUCAAAAAGGUGCAGAGUAAAUUGAGUGAACGUGGAGAGAACAACGAACAACUGUUAAUGGAUCUAAUGUAUUCGUAUCCAGUAAGAUUCCCAUUCAAUCCAUCGGAUAUUCGAUUAGAGGACAUCGAAAUACCGGAAGUACUUCAAUUGCCUAUGCUCAAAAAGGUGUAAUCAUAGCAAAAGUGAAAACUUAGCGGCCCUGCUACGCAUAGAACUUUUAGUUGAGUAACCCGUCUAAAAAA